AUGACAAUUCAUGCAAAGGUCAUUAUCCAACUCACAAGGCAAGACGUCUGCUGCAGUUCUUAAGUUCGAGUGACUUCUCGACCGUCUGUCUGAGCCUUGAAGAAGCAGUGUUGCAGAGUGAAAGAGUUCCUCAUUUGUGAGGAACUUGUGUUUCGUGUUUGGACGGCGAGGGGUGCAAAAUGUCACAAGUUGAACUGUACGAUGAGUCCACGCCGUUUAAGGCUGGAUCCAUCCAGGAGUCGGGGCAUGCGCAGAAGAAGGGUCUGACGGUGAUUACCGCCGCCCUGUUCCUGGUGGGAGAAAUGGCGGGAAGCGGCGUGCUGGCGUUGCCGAGAGCAGUCGUUGAUACAGGUUGGAACGGUGUGGUGAUGCUGCUGCUGUGCUGUGCCGUGGCGGGACAUAACGGCAUCAUGCUGGGCAGGUGUUGGAACAUCCUGCAGCUCCGCUGGCCGGAGUACAGGGACCACGUCAGGGAUCCCUACCCCGCCAUCGGCGAGAGGGCUUACGGGAAGGUUGGAAAGGUUGCGGUAAGUGUCUGUGUGAACGUGACGUUGUUCGGUGUGGCCACGGUGUUCCUGCUACUGGCGGCCGAGAACCUGCAGACUCUGGUGCAGGACCUGUCUCCUCACCGCAGCACCUUCUCCUUCUGCUUCUGGCUCAUCAUCCUGGCGGGCGCGCUCACACCCUUCACAUGGCUCGGGUCGCCCAAGGAUUUCUGGCCUGCGGCAGUUGCUGCGACUGUUGCCACGGUGUUGGCGUGUGUACUGAUGUUUAUUGGGGUUCUUGUGGACAUCCCAAACUUUAAACACACGAAGGACCAAGAAGAGGACAUUAAGGCGGUGUUCCUGACGUUUGGAACCAUCCUGUUCGCGUUCGGAGGGGCGUCCACAUUUCCCACAAUACAACACGACAUGAAGGAACCACAGAAGUUUUCCAGAUCAGUCGUCCUGGCUUUUGCAGCUCUUCUGCUGAUGUAUCUCCCAGUGUCCAUUGCGGGUUUCCUGGUGUACAAGUCGGAGUGCGAUAACAACGUCCUGACGACCCUGACUGCGGGGGGUCUGAAGUACGCCUCCCUCAUCCUCAUCACCCUGCACCUCAUCUUCGCCUUCAUCAUCGUCAUCAAUCCCGUCUGCCAGGAGCUAGAGGAGCGCUUCAGGAUAGCCAAUAGGUUUGGAGUAUUCCGGAUCUUACUCCGGACGUUGCUGGUGGGACUGGUGCUGUUUACUGGAGAGAGUCUGCCCCAUUUCGGCGCCAUCUUGUCCCUGGUCGGAGGUUCAACCAUCACCUGCCUCACUUUCGUCUUCCCCUCCCUUUUCUACCUGAAACUCUCCCGACAGACGAGCCCUGAUUGGCCAGAAGUAGAAGUGCAGCCGUACGAGUGGGCGUGGCACAUAGAGUUCAUUCUGAUUGGUGUGGUGGGCGGCAUAGCCUCCACCUACUCUGCUAUUGACGGGAUCGCCAGCGGUUUCCAGGUGGUUCCCUGUUACGUCAACAUGACAGCUGCCAACAUGUAGAUUUCAAGACUGUAUAAGGAACUAAGAAAUACGCCGAUGAGUCAAAAAUACAUAAAUUGCCAUGAACUUGCCCAAAAUGGCUGCUUUUUCUGUAAUAAAAUAGCAGAGUGAUGUCUUGGUUAAUACAAAAACAAGGCCAUUGAAGAACCGCGAAGAAUCUCACCCCAUAUGGGAGGUUUUGAUGUAAUUCGUAGUCAUUGCUAACUGACACACAAAAAAGGCUACGCCUGUGAGGUGUCGCCAAAAAUGUUACACAAAACGUAUAGAAUGCCGGGGUAAUUAAUCUUGAUUUGUUACACCUUACCAGGGCUCUUGGGCUUAGCCUGCAAAGAAGUCUCAGUUUUGGGCGUUUCCGUAAAGUUGUAGUAUAAGAAAUACAUGUUUGAUAUCUGUAAAGUCACGGAUAUUAGAACUAAGUAGUAUGUCACCAUGUUUUGUUUUACAUGGUGACUGCAUGAGAGGCUAAUUUUAGAGAAAUUCAAACGUU